AUGAGGAGCGCCAACAAGGGCCUCAAAGAUCGAGUUGACAUGGUGCACUGCCCGAGCUGUGCACGACCAAAGCUCCAACACCACCUCUGCGCCUACUGCUUCUCGGACAUUAACCGCAAGAUGAAGCAGCUGCAGCAGAACCAGGCACAGCAGAAGGAACUAGCAUCCGUCGAGUCGCCGGCCUCUUCCACUUAG